UGAGCGCUCGGCCACACCGGCGGGCCCUGCCCAGGAGACUGGAUGCACCGUGGGGAGGCAGCCGGUGGCUCCAGGGCGGCCAGGCCAGUGGCCCUCAUCUCCCCGGGGGCAGGGCCACUGGAAGGAGCCCGCUGCCCCGGCUGGGCUGCGAGUGAGAGGGGGUGGCCCUUUCCCCCGCUGCAGCGCGUCGCUCCCAACCCCCCGGAGGGGAGCACUGCAGCCGGCGAGCCAAGGCUGCGCCCAGGGCCGCUGCAGGCGCGGAGGCUCCGCGCUCCCCGGGGCUGGAGAGCCUUCCCCAGGCACGCGCCUGCGCUGCCUCCGCCUCCUCCCCCGGGCCCCUCCUCUCUCCGCGCGGUGUCGCUCACCGGCUUUGUCAGCCCUGCCCUGGCGGUCCGGGGAGGGAGCAGCCGGGGCGCAGGCUGGGUGGGAGCCGCUGCCAUCCGCGCGGACUGCCUGGAGAGCCGGCUGCAAGCCAGGGCGCUACCGCCGGCGAGCGGCGGGGGCAGCCAGGCAGGGACGCGACGAGCCCGAGCGUGGACACUCUCCUGCCCUGGGUGUCGUCUAGCGGGAGCCCCAGGGAGCCCGGCAGCUUCCAGCCCUUGCGGUGCGGAGAGCGAGACGCCCACUGCGCCCGGCGAGCAAAGAGCCAGGCGGGCUCUGAGCCGCUGCCAUCAGCUGGCAGCGUAGGCAGAGGGGCUGGAAACCCGUUGCCAUCAGCAGACAGCAGGGGCGGGGAGCCCACGGCCAUCGGUGUGCGCCGGCGAGCAAGUUGGGGUGCAGAGGAGGAGGGCCGUCCUGCCCGCUCCAGGGAAGAGUCCGGCAUGCAGAAGAUGCCGUGCAUGGCAGCGAAGACGAGGUGGUUUUGUGGUCCCGGCUGCUCGGUGUUUCCCUGGCGCUCUUGCUUCCCCUCUUGGAUUUGCUGCUGGGCUCUAAUCUGCUGUCAAGCGGCGCGGACGGGGGAUGCUGCUGAGACUUCCUCCGGCGUGCAGCUGCCUCAGUGUCAGGAGACAGAUUACCACUAUGAAUACACAGAAUGCGAUAGCAGUGGAUCCAGGUGGAGGGUGGCUGUCCCAAAUCAGUCGGCGGCGUGCUCUGGAUUACCCGACCCCAUGAAAGGAAAAGAAUGCACUUUUUCAUGUGCUUCUGGUGAAUACCUAGAAAUGAAGAAUCAAAUGUGCAGUAAAUGUGCCGCGGGGACAUAUUCCUUGGGCAGCGGGAUCAAGUUUGAUGAAUGGGAUGACCUGCCAGCAGGAUUCUCCAAUGUGGCAACUUUCAUGGACACGGCUGUUGAAUCAGCUGAGAAUAAAGCAGAUAGCUGUGACAACUCUUCGUGGACUCCUCGUGGGAAUUACAUAGAGUCCAACAGAGAUGACUGCACUGUUUCUCUAAUCUAUGCUGUACAUCUGAAGAAAUCUGGUUUUGUCUUCUUUGAAUACCAGUAUAUUGACAAUAACAUCUUCUUUGAGUUUUUUAUUCAAAAUGAUCAGUGCAAAGAGAUGGAUUCCACGGCCGACAAAUGGGUGAAAUUAACAGACCACGGCGAAUGGGGCUCUCAUUCCGUAGCUUUGAAACCAGGAACUAAUAUAUUAUAUUGGAGAACAACGGGGAUUCUUAUGGGUUCUAAAGUGGUGAAACCUGUUCUGGUGAAAAACAUCACAAUUGAAGGAGUUGCAUAUACAUCUGAAUGCUUUCCAUGCAAACCUGGUACAUUCAGUGAUAAGCCAGGGUCUUCCAAUUGCCAGGUGUGUCCCAGAAAUACCUACUCAGAGAAAGGAGCUAAGGAAUGUACCAACUGUAGUGAAGAAACACAUUAUGCAGAUGAAGGCUCCAGCCAAUGUACAGCGCGUCCUCCUUGUACGAACAAAGACUUUUUCCAGAUCCAUACACUGUGUGAUAAGGAAGGAAAGACUCAGAUAAUGUACAAAUGGAUAGAGCCUAAAAUCUGCAGGGAGGAUCUUCCUGGUGCGUUGAAACUGCCUCCUUCUGGAGAGAAGAAGGAUUGUCCACCAUGCAACCCUGGGUUUUACAACAAUGGAUCAUCUUCCUGCUCUCCUUGCCCUCAGGGCAUGAUUUCGGAUGGAACAAAGGAAUGCAAGGCCUGCCCUGCUGGGACUGAACCAGCUCUCGGGCUUGAAUAUAAAUGGUGGAACGUUCUGCCAGUCAAUAUGAAGACUUCUUGUUUUAAUGUUGGCAAUUCAAAGUGUGAUGGAAUGAAUGGCUGGGAGGUGGCUGGUGAUCACAUCCAGAGUGGGGCAGGGGGCUCUGACAAUGAUUAUCUUAUCCUGAACCUGCAUAUCCCAGGAUUUAAACCUCCAACAUCGGUGACAGGAGCAACCGGGUCAGAACUAGGACGGAUUUCUUUUAUUUUUGAGACCAUCUGUUCAGCAGAUUGCGUGAUGUACUUUAUGGUGGAUAUUAAUAGAAAAAACACGAAUGUGGUGGAAUCCUGGGGCAAGACGAAGGAGAAACAAUCUUACACUCACAUUAUCUCCAAAAAUGCUUCCUUCACAUUCACAUGGGCCUUCCAGAGGACAAACCAGGGCCAAGAUAGCAGGCAAUUCAUACACGACGUGGCAAAGAUCUACUCGAUAACAGUGACCAAUGUGUUGGAUGGAGUUGCCUCGUCUUGCCGGGCCUGCGCACUGGGGUCUGAACAGUCUGCGUCAUCCUGCGUACCCUGUCCUGCUGGACACUACAUUGAGAAGGAAACCAACCAAUGCAAGGAGUGCCCAGCCAACACAUAUCUGUCCAUACAUCAGGUGUACGGCAAAGAGUCUUGUAUCCCAUGUGGGCCUGGCAGUAAAAGCAACAAGGACCAUUCUGCCUGCUUCAGUGACUGCACGCUCUCUUACCUCAGGGACAACCAGACCCUGAAUUAUGACUUUACCAACCUCAGCGGGGUGGGGUCAUUAAUGAAUGGACCCAGCUUUACAUCCAAAGGGACAAAGUUCUUUCAUUUCUUUAACAUCAGCCUGUGUGGGAAUGAGGGAAAGAAGAUGGCGAUUUGCACAGACAAUAUAACAGAUGUCACAGUAAAGGACAUGGUAGCUGAAUCAGAAGACUCUUCAAGCUUGGUGGGAACUUUUGUAUGCCAGUCUACGAUCAUCCCAUCAGACAGUAAAGGGUUCAGAACAGCACUGGCUCUGCAGUCCAACAGCCUUGCUGAUACAUUCUUAGGAGCUACGGUUGAAACCAUACUGGGAAAUAUUAACAUUGCAACAGAAAUGUUUCCAUCUUCCCAAAGGACAAUACCUGAUGUGAAUUUCUUUUUCAAGUCUUCUACACUUACAACCCCCUGUGAAAAUGGACGUGCAACUGUUAUGGUGAUGAGGUGUAAUCCCACCAAACCAGGCCAAGGCGAUAUUUCAGUCCCCAGCACAUGCCCCGUUGGCACCUGUGAUGGAUGCACCUUCUACUUCAUGUGGGAAAGUACAGAAGCCUGUCCUUUGUGCACAGAGCAUGACUACCAUGAGAUUGAGGGAGCUUGUAAAAAGGGAUUUCAGGAAACCUUAUAUGUCUGGAAUGAGCCAAAGCAAUGCAUGAAGGGGAUUGCCUUGCCUGAGAAAAGGGUCAGCACCUGUGAAACCAUGGACUUUUGGUUAAAAGUUGGAGCAGGUGUUGGUGCAUUCACGGCUGUGCUGCUCGUAGCCUUAACCUGCUACUUCUGGAAGAAAAAUCAGAAGUUGGAGUAUAAAUAUUCCAAAUUAGUGAUGACAGCUAACUCGAAAGAGUGUGAGCUUCCAGCUGCUGACAGCUGUGCUAUAAUGGAAGGAGAAGAUAACGAAGAGGAAAUAGUAUAUUCAAAUAAACAGUCAUUGCUGGGAAAGCUCAAGUCAUUGGCAACAAAGGGUGGGAAGACCCUGAGGGAGGACCUCAUUGGGAUGACCCCAGCAAGAACCACGCCUCUAUCAAUGACCACCUGUUGAAAGAUCCAUCAGACUCUGUAAUAUCCUUGGGAAAAACAAGAUCGUUUUGAAUCUGUUCAGCUGAAAUCUUCAAGAUCACAAAAUAUAUGAGGAUUAAAUGCUACCUUCAAAGAAACAAACCUGAUUUCUAUUUUUACGGGACCAUCUUUUAAACAUAUUCCUGCAGAGUAAUGGUUGCAGUGAGAAAUGCUGAGCCAUUUAAGAAAAAAGAGGGUUGAAAUCAAAACAAAAGAUUGGAUUGCCUUAUUCUGUGGUCAAGUACCUUGCCAAAAACAAGAAGCAGACUGCUUGGGUUCCAAAUUAGGAAUGAAACUUAACUCAGGAAGAGAUAUACAGACUACAACUGACAUGAGUUUUGUAUUCACCUGUGCAUUGCUCAGGCAUGCUGUGUGAUUUAUUGGUACCUUUCAAUGCAUAAUCACUUCGUCCAUAUGCAUCAUAAGAACUAAUUUUCUGGGAGAUUCGAAACUUUCUGAAAAGGUUCUGUACUGUACUUUUUGUAGCCUAACUUCAAGUCUCUCUUAAAAUCAAAAUGGAGAAUGGUACUUGAAACAGAACCAUGGAUGACUUUUGAUCCUUGGAUAAAAUAAUGCUUUUGGGGCUAAGGGCUGGAUGUCCUGCAACAGCCUUCAGUGUGGCAGGGCCAAUUUUGCACCCAUGGAUCAAACCCACUUAGAUGCCAACAUGAUGACCAUCUGGGUUGGCUUGAACAUGACACUCCUGAAUCUAAGGCUAUAUCUAUACCUACAGCUAAGGGUGUGAUUCCCAGCUUGUAUAGACAUUUUCGCAUCUGCUGUCAUCAAUCUAGCACAGUAAGAAUAGUAGUGUAGCCAUGGUAGCACAGGCAGCGGCCGCACGGGCAAGCUGUGCCGAGUAUGUACCCACAGGGUUCAGGUGGAUUUGUACUCAGGGUGGCUAGCCCAUGCCACUGCUUGGCACUGCCUGUGCUACUGUGGCUACACUACUGUAUUUAGUGUGCUAUUUUGAGAGCUAGAGCAAGUCUGGCUACGUGAGCUGAGAGUCACACCCCCAGCUCCAAGUGUAGACAUACCCUAAAUGUGUGCGCUGCCACUGCCGGAGUUGAAAGAUCAGAGCCGUCCGUUUAGAAGCAGCAGCAGCAGCACUCAGAAAUCUUUUGACGUGGUUUAGACACUGGGGGGACCAAAGAUCCACAAUGUGAAUUAUGCAUUCUCCCUGCCUGGGGAAGCUUGUCCUGAGCAUCGAGGUUGACAGCAGUUCAGUACCCGGUUCGAGAUGUCAUUUGUGUGUCAACCCCCUGGGAUGAGCAUCUGUAGGGAUUGAAUCCUGGACUCUUUGGGAGCGAGGGGAACCACAAACUUCUAGUGUCUAAGCUAACCGAGCCAAUUUGCAGUUGAGAGGCAGUAUCAGACUCUUUAGCCUGUAUGUGGUCUAAAAAGGGACAAGGACCCCCCCUGCAGGUAUUAAUGUUGGUUACACCAUCAUGUAUCUUGGCAUACAAAUGGGUUCUACUGUCGAUGCAAGUUAUUGUACAUUUAAAUGAGGGGACAAAAAGGUGCUUUGAAUAUUGAAGUAUGGCCUGAGAUCCUUUUUCAGGGCUAAAAAUCUCUGACUUAUCAAUCACAUUAAAAGUAUGUGAUCUUCCUAAUAUCGAGUCUAUGAAAAACUGUAAUUUCCUGAAAUUCCAGUGCAAAUUGAACUGAAAAUAAUCUACUAAAAUGUGGGUAUAAAAUCGUUGAUGAAAAUUAUGAAGGAAAGAGUUGCGUAAAGCUAGGAAGAAAUGAGGCUCCAAUCUUGUCCCUCUAAUCAGACCUAUAUCUGCAUCACAAUAAAUGUCUGAAUUGUGAAAUGCAUAUAAAACUUUGGAAAAGACACAGGCAAAAAUGGUGUUUUUACUAUAAAGGAUAUAUAGAUUUGGGCUUUUGUAUGACUCAGUUGCAUCAACCAGUCUGAGAAGAGUUCACUUCUAAAUUAAAUUGAAUCUAAAAUGAAAACUGAAUAUUUUAUUACACUAUGAGAUGUGAAGGAGAUUUUAUGAAGAUUAGAGCUGCUUUUUCUUGUUUAGGGAAAUUUAUUUCAAUUAUUUUAUAUAUCCAGAAACUGAGAUCUGUUCUUCUGGUUGGAGUUACGUUGGGCAUCUCAUCAGAGGUUGUGUACAUUUCUUUUUGUUCUUGAAACAGCGUUUCAUUUUCCAGAAAGAAGGGAUUUUUAUGAGGUAUUGAACCAUUUUUUGAUGUUCUUGAAUGUAUAUUAAAUACAAGUUUCUUUUUUUGUAUAUUUUGUACUGUUGCACAUUUAUUAUCUUGCAUUGUAUUUGUCAUCAUCCUAUCGUUUACACGCAGUCAGCAAUGGUGACAUGCUCCCUUAGCAAAUGCCAAUUGGGAUUUUGAGAUUUCAGUUCUUUGCUGAUCUUUUAUGAAGAGGAUUUUUUUUUUAUGUCAUUGGAUUUUAUUCAGAUAGUGUGUUGUAGUGUCAAAGGUUUUCAGCUGGUCAGCAUUUGUACAGUGAAGUGAAAAUAUAUUUGAACUGCGAAUUUGCAAUCUUUGGAAGAACUGCAGCCUGCGCUAAAUUUGGCAGUGUUCUUCAGUGAUGGGUGGAGCCAUGGAACGUCCCACCUUGCACAGAAUUACGUCUGUCACCAAUGUUUUCAUCUAUUGCUCUUAUCUGCACCCGUUUCCCAAGCCAUAGAGAUAUAAUUGGGAUUCAUUUCCAGGAACAUCUUUUCUUCUGCUGCUGCUGGAGUCAUAUUCCUGACAUGUUAAAAUGCCUUAAAUUUUAACAAACUACCUUUCAGUUUUAUUAAUACAAAGGAGGGGUUUUAUAUGUUUUGUUAUUUCCCUCCCCCCCAUGACUUUUUCAAAUUUAGAUAUAAAAUAGCAUUUUUUGUCAGCUCCUGCAGCCUUUGCUAUAUGACACUUCUUAUAUGAGGUUCCAAAUGAUCUGUCAUAUUAUUAUAAGAAAUUCUUCUGGGCACCGUGAAGGUACACCUGGUUGAGCACUAUGAGAAGCCGAAACCAGCUAAGCCUAUAGAAUUGAUUUAAGGCUAGCGUAAAGUAUUGUAAUGGAAUUUUCCAGCCAUAAAUAAGUUUGUUCUGAUACCUUUUAGCUGAGUUUUGGCUGUUUCUCUUUUUCUUUCCCUAAAGAUAGACAAAAAGGCUGUUUUCAUGUUCCCAUAAAAGGCACAGUUUUGAAGUCUUGAAACACUUCAUUAAGCAAACUGUUGCCUGUGACAUCUAGUAUUCUGCCAAAAUGUACUCACAGCAACCAUCCCAUCAGCAACGUUAUGUACGAAUUUGUUAUUUAAGGCCAUAAACAAAUGCAAAGCGCUCUGUUAUGUGUUCAGUUGAUUAAACGGGAUACAUUUUUAUCGCUGCAGUUGCCUGCUUUUCUUUUAAAUCUGGAUCCAAGCAACUGAAUCUUUUCAUGGAUUAAACACAUUUAAGUGGCCUCACUGUAUAAAUUAUUGGCAAAGUAAGUAUGGAUGUGAUUGGGUCUGCUCUGACGCUGUUUUCUCAGGAAAAACAAAAAUGUGCAGAGAAUUGAUCUGCAGUCAGCUUUGCUAAGUAUACUCGGCCACAUCCAAAGCUGGUGCAAAUUGGGGUAGCACCACUGAACUCAAUGGAGCUUCUCUGAUUUACACCAGUAGAGGAUCUGGCCAUGAAGAUUAAAUCAGAAUUUGACCUCCCCACCUUGGUUCUGACUACUUUUGUUGGUUUUUGCAGUGUAUUAUAUGAUUGAUUUGGAGUCCAAGCCUAGGAAAAAUUAGGUCUCUCAAGGCCAUAACUACCAGCCAUUGGGUAAUUGUAGGCAGCUGUUAGCCCUUCUAAUAAAAGGAGGAGGUUCUAUUGUUUACUGUUUAAAAGGAGACUCUGAGAUUGGGGGCUUGUCAAGGAGUGUGUGGGAAUUCUUGGUUUUCCUGUCCCAAGGGUGGGAUGGCCAGAAGGAUAGCAACAGAGUUGCAAUGCAAGAGCCAUUUCCAUCUCCAACAAGGGCCAGUACCACCAGAUACUUCAGAGUAAGAUACAAAACUCGCACAAUGGAUGAAGUUGCUUCCGAACCCCCGACUGUUAGUUUUUGGUUUAUGUCCUGAAGCAUGAGGGGGGCAAUCGCUCUUAAACUGUUGUGUCCUAGCUAGUGUAACUGUGAACGGUUUCUUGAAAUGUCUAAUCCUACCAAGCUCUCCUACAAGGCAGUGAGUAUCACUUAAUUCUGGGGGUUUAACCUCUUACAGCUUUCUUCUUAUUUGUAACCAUUGGCCAAUGUGUCCUCCUUAUUGUCUUCCUUUUUUGAUGUCAUUGGAUUUUAUUCAGAUAGUGUGUUGUAGUGUCAAAGAAGGACAUCAUGAUCCUUUUGAGAAGUAAGUGUGUAGGUUGGAGCAGAAGAAAUCAGACUCUUAUUUGAUGGCUUGUGUGAUUGCUGCAGCUUCUCCUGGAAUAUGCUGGGUAGGUGAUAUGGUUUGGUGGGAUCACCAGUGACCUCACCGGCGUGCUAUUGGUUAAACAGCAGAGAUGGGGAGGGGCUACAAAGAGAUCACGAGCGUCUGCCGUGGUUUGUGCGUACCUCCAGGUGUUAAAGUUGAAACUGACAAAGGAGCAAACUGCCACAGGAAGACAUUUUGGAUCGGACUCAUGGUCCAUUAAAAAGGACUUGAAAGCCAGAACGAGGUGAGAUGUGUGUUGUUGUUUUUUUCCUCUGUGUUUUUUGGUGAAAUAAAGGGUGUGAAAGAGUGAAUUCUGGGAGCUUUUGGUUUUAUGUAUCACCCCCCCACACACACACUAGAAUUCCCCACACUUAGUCUCAGAGUUUCUGCAAAAACUCCGCCUGAGACACUCCCAGGUCAUGGGGAAUUUGAAACUGCAUCUGGAAUCUUUGUUGUAUUACUGCAGCCAUAUGCUGAUUAUGUUGCUGCUGCUGUUUUACUUUAUUUGAGUUUUUGUUUAAACCCAUUUAUUUUGACUAAUAAAAGUCUGUCAGACACAUAAAAGCAA